AUGGGUUCAUGCAAUUAAUGUGUAUAAAGACAAGAACCGUUGUAAUAAGUAACAAUAUAGAACAAUAUUGUUACUUUAUUGCAGCACAAUCAUUAAAUGGUGAUAAAAAUUUAGACAGCUUAUCGUGCAUACAUUUGUCGAUAGAGAUUUAAGUAAUUAUAUAAGUUUGAAUACUAGACAAGAAUUGGCUAAGAAACGAUCAAUGAAUUAAAAGAGAAGUAAUUCAACUGAUGACUGUUUAAUCGAACAUCGGACAAUCUCUUAUUCACCAAGAGUAGAUCCUUAAGAAGUUAGAAAUUUACUGCCUAUGAUUGACAACCAUAUCAAAAGAAAGAGUCUAUCGCAUUUUGGAAGGGAGUAUAGUGCAAAAUUAUUGCCAAAAGAAUCAGAUUUAUUAGAUGAUAAUCAAUCUGAUUAAAUUGAACAAACACCAUUAUAAUAAAGUACAUCUUCACCAAUUAAAUCUCUACGAUCCUCAUUAAACUAAUCAAAGAAAAUGCAAUCGUUUAGAUUUAAAUGUGUGUUGACUCAUGAAAUAUUGGAACCUAGAGAUAAGAUUAAAAUAUAAACAAUAAAUAAAAGAUUAAAGUUGGAUGCUAUCAAAUUAAUUGGAGGAAAUAUUUAUAUUGGAGAAUGGUUAGAUUAAAUGCCAGAUGGUAAAGGAAAAUAUACUUUUUCUGAUUAAUCUUUUUAUUAUGGUGAAUUCAGUAAAGGUUGUCUACAUGGUAGAGGAGAAUUUAAAAGUAAAGAAGGUAAUAUAUACAGAGGUUAAUGGUAUAAUAAUAGAAUGUAGGGUUAAGGGAGUUACAUAUAUAAUAAUGGAUGUAAAUAUGAAGGUAUAAUUUAUAGUUGAUUUUUAGGAUUUUGGGAGAGAGAUCUACCUAAUGGAGAAGGAAUGGAAUGGUAUUCUAAUGGAUCUGUCUAUGUGGGUAAUUUUUUAAAUGGAGAAAAACAUGGAUUUGGAAAAAUCACAUUUAUAACAGGUGAAAUCUAUGAAGGAGAAUUUGAAUUUGAUGAUUUUAAUGGAAAAGGAAUAUAUGUAUUUUUGACAGUAGAUUUAUCUAGAGAUGGCAAGACGGUAGAGUAUAUGAUGGAAAUUGGGUUGACGGAAAAAUGAAUGGAAAAGGUACAUUAACAUGGCCUGAUGGAAGAUAUUAUUAAGGUGAAUAUAUUAAUGAUUAAAAAAAUGGUUUUGGUAUAUUCCAAUUUGCUGAUGGUCGUAAAUAUGUUGGAUUAUGGAAAUAAGGACUUUAACAUGGAUAAGGUGAAUUUUUUAAAGGAUAAGGGCAAGAUCCAACCAGAGGUAUUUGGAAAUAAGGAAAAUUAGUUAAACUACUAUGA